UUGCAAAAAUACUGCUGCGCAUGCGUGAACACGGCUGUCACUAGCGCCCUCUACAUGGUUAGAUGCGAAAAGCAGACGAACAUCCAGCUCUGUGGAGGUGCGAAUGUGUUCGCGCUCUUUUUGUGACCAUGCCGGCUAGUUGUGUCGCUUAUGGGUGCUCAAAUUGCUUCAGUGGCAAAGGGAGCAUCAGUUUAUUUCGCUUUCCGUCUGAGAAGACGUAUCCGGCGAGGAGAGCAGCAUGGGUACGAGCCGUAAGGCGAGUAAACCUCGAUGGCUCAGCUUGGCAACCGAGCGAGUACUCCAGAAUCUGCGGAGCUCAUUUUGUUACAGGCCGCCCGUCGAACUUCAGCAAGCACCCCGACUAUGUGCCCAGCGUGUUCACCUACGCACGGUCUGUCGGCGCAGGGGCAGUGCGGAGGCAUAGACGUUGGCUGAACAGACAGGACACAGAAUGUGCUACCAGCUGCACAUCCAGUAAAGAAAUCAUCAAGUCUGAUUCUGCAGCUGCACAGUGCCCUCAAACAACUCCUUCCAGCUCAAAUGAGAAUGAGGAGAUUGUCACAUCCGCAAACAUCGAGGAGGCACCACAGUUGGAGGCUCUGUCAAAUGAGGAACUUGCUUCACCCUCCGACUCAUCUGGUUCAUCUCAAGAAACACCAUUUGUGGAUGCUUCAUGUAAUGAUUCGGAACAACAAUUGGAAAACGAACAUUGGAAAUCAAUUGCUCAAAACAUGGAAAAACGCCUUGGAAUUUUGCACCAAACUGUUGCAGCAUUAGAGAAGAAGAAUGCGUCCCUCGAGCAAAAGCUUGAAGAAGCUCGCUCGCAGCUGCUAACACUGAGUGUAAUUGAAGCAUCACCAAAAGCAUGCAUGUAUUACACAGGCCUUCCCACCUAUGACGUUUUUCAGUCAUUGUUUGAAUACCUGGAGCCACGUGCAAGUAACAUGUCUUACUGGGGAUGGACAAAGAAGACUUCCUGCGAAGCACGUGGUCGACCUAAAGAAAGUGGCCUUGUGACUGAAUUCUUCAUGGUUCUGGUGCGCCUCAGGACUGGUAUGCCGGGAAAAGAAAUUGCCCGCAACUUCGCAAUGUCGGAAAGCCAAGUGAGCCGGACAUUUGCUACUUGGAUCAACUUCCUUGAGCGUGAGCUCACGGCCAUCACCUCAAUUCCAUCACGAGAUCAAAUUAGGCCUUAUGUUCCGAGAUGCUUCCGCUUCUUUGAGAACACGAGGCUUAUUUUGGAUGCAACAGAAGUUAGAAUUCAGCGUCCUUCGUCAAUAGGGGCACAGCGCCAGACCUUUUCCUCAUACAAGCACUUCAAUACAUACAAAGUGCUUGUUGGCUGUACCCCUGAUGGCUACAUAGCAUUUGUGUCUCGCCUCUGGGGUGGAUCUGUAUCGGACAAGACAAUCCUUGGAAGUUGUGGGCUUUUAGAUUGUUUGGAAGUAGGGGAUGCCAUUAUGGUCGAUAAAGGCUUUACUUUCCCCUACUUACCUGCUGGUGUGACAGUGUACCGUCCCCCAUUCCGAGAACGCCAUGAAACACAAAUGCCUGCGCAGGAUGUGGAGCAAACACGCCGUAUUGCCGCUGCAAGGGUGCAUAUUGAGCGAGCAAUAGCCCGCAUAAAAGCUUUUCACAUUUUGGAUAAGCCAUUUCCUAUCUGCAUGAUUGACAUAGCAGAGCAGGUAUUCAAAGUGUGCAGUUACCUAAGCAACUUCCGAAACCUGCUAAUUAAAGAUGAUGAAGAAAUCAAUUGAGCAAUUUGUGUUGUGACAGAAUGACGUCAAGGCCACACCCCCUCUUCGUACCUAGAUAAACAGCGCACAUUUUGGGAAUAAAGCCGUUCUUAUUCCUGCUAUCUGAGUAGCGUCUGUAUGCAUGCUACAAGUGGCAACAAAGAUGGGAUCCGAAGCCUAGGCCGAGAUUGCGCAGUACAAGAAGAAUGGCGAAGUUUUUGGAUUUUUAGCCUUUCGUCAAUGAUGGCGAAAAAGAUUUCAUGUCUUAUGUUGAAAGAUUUGACCACUACUGGAAAGUGACCCAAAACAAAGAUGACAGCCUGAAGAAAUCUGCCUUUAUAACGGCCAUUGGUAAACGCCCCUACAAAACGCUGAAGGACCUGUUGUUACCAGCGAAGCCAGAAGACAAAUUAUUCGAUGAAAUCGUUGCUGUCCUGAAAGAACACUACUCUCUGGGAAGCAAAGUUAUCGCCGAAAGGUUAGUUUAAUCCCCGCUACCAGAUGGAACGCAAGACAAUAUGCACCUUUGCAGUGGAACUACGCCAUGUGGCAGCAAGAUGUGACUUUGGGCCGUUCCUGGACGAUGCUCUUCGAGACAGGUUCAUGGCUGGCCUCAGCUGCGCUUCAAUUCAAGCCAGCUUUCUGAAGAAAAAGGAGCUAAGCUUCGAAACUGCAUGACCUAGCUAGAAGCGCGGAACUGGCUGUGAAAGAAUCCAAAGGCUUCCGCCCAACCUCUGACAAGACUUUUCUCGAUGAAGGCAUACACGUCAUUCAGAAGGGUCAGCAAAGACAAAAGGCAAGGACUUCGGUGGGUCUUGCAGCCGGUAAUUUGUUACCGAUGUGCGAAGCAACACGAUGCUGGAGACUGUCCAUAUUGAAAGGCAAGGUGUCGACACCAGUGGUCGUUGUCCCCAAGGCAGACAAGAAGGUGAGGCUGUGUGGAGACUUCAAAAUUACCUUAAAUCCUUGCAUAAUGACGGAGCAUUAUCCAUUACCCUUAGUAGAAGACAUCUUUGCAGUAAUUGCGGAGGGUAAGGUCUUUACGGUCUUAGACCUGACCACUGCGUAUCAACAAAUAGAAGUGCACCCCGACUCUCAAAAGCUGUUGACGCUUAACACGCACAUCGGCUUAUUUCAGUGCCUCCGCAUGCCAUAUGGAAAUUCCAGUGCCCCAGCCAUAUUCCAGUCUGUGAUGGAUCAAGUAUUAGAAGACGUGAAGGGCGUUGCCUGCUAUCUCGAUAAUGUCCUCAUCACUGGAGUGUUCGAAAGGGACUGUUUCGAACGCAUUGAAGCCGUCCUUACUCAGUUUCGGGAGCACGGCGUUCGGCUCAAGCAAGAAAAAUACAAAUUCUUCAAAGACUCUGUCACCUAUCUGGGGCAUAUUAGUGCAAGUGUAAUUAAGUCGUGCACGGAAAUGGUUGAAGCUGUUAGGAAUGCGCCAGCUCCAAGGAAUGAAUCGGAACUAAGAGCGUACCUUGGCAUGCUAUCUUUUUGCUCCAAGUUCAUCCCCAACAUGUCCACACAGCUGAAACCCCUAUAUCAAUUACUGAAGGGAACUCGGCAGUGGCAGUGACCCAAAGACGCAGAAAAGUGCUUCCAGAGGAGCGUGCGUUGGUCGACGAGUGACAGUGUCCUAACCUUCAUCUUGAGAAGUCCGUAGGCCUUGUAGCAGACAUGUCUGCAUACGGAGUGGGGGCGGUACUUUUCCACGAAAUCAAAGGAAAUGAAAAACCGAUAGCGUACGGUUCGCGAAGCCUCAGUAAAGCAGAGACUGGGUACUCCCAAAUAGGAAAAGAAGUGCUUGCCGUGGUGUUCGCUAUCAAACGAUUUCAUAAAUAUAUUGACGCAGUGCUUUCACGAUUCCCAGCCGCUUGUGUCACUCAUUCAGUUGGUCAUUCGCCAAGAACUUGCCAAUGUAGGUCUUCCGUCCAUCUGCUCCGCCAGCCGUCCUGACUUUGCUUCGUCUGCUGCCACUGCCCCUGUUCACCAGAGCCAAUACAGUCCAUAUCCGAGCUAUCGAUCGCCAUAGGCCUUGUAGCAGACGUGUCUGCAUACGGAGUGGGGGCGGUACUCUUCCACGAAAUCAAAGGAAAUGAAAAACCAAUAGCGUACGGUUCGCGAAGCCUCAGUAAAGCAGAGACUGGGUACUCCCAAAUAGGAAAAGAAGUGCUUGCCGUGGUGUUCGCUAUCAAACGAUUUCAUAAAUACAUUGACGCAGUGCUUUGACGAUUCCCGGCCGCUUGUGUCACUCAUUCAGUUGGUCAUUCGCCAAGAACUUGCCAAUGUAGGUCUUCCGUCCAUCUGCUCCGCCAGCCGUCCUGACUUUGCUUCGUCUGCUGCCACUGCGCCUGUUCACCGGAGCCAAUACGGUCCAUAUCCGAGCUAUCGCAACCCGGCCGAAUGGCGCACCCAUGACGAUAGACCGAUCUGCUUUUACUGUGGACGUGUGGGCCACAUCUCUCGCCACUGUUGAAGUUCCUGGCCAGCCCACUCUCGACCAAGCUUUCCCGCCUACCGCCGCCCGCCACUGAAUCCUCGCCCGCCAUCCCUCCCCGCCGAGGUUGAAGACGCACCUGACAACGCUCGAGCCACCGCGACCAGCCGAUCGCCACAUAGUCGCCGCUCCCGUUCGCCCCAGCUGCGUCGCUCUCCAUCCCCAGCUUACCGUCGCCGCUCUCCGACGGGAAACUAACUGGGGCAGCUCCUGGAGGUGACACUGCUCUAGAACACCGGCCUGAAAUUCCUCUGCUGACCCUGCCUACUAAUCGGAACCUUCUGGACGUGGAUGGUUUGCCCGUUACAGCACUCAUCAACACUGGAGCGCAAAUUUCCAUCAUGAGUGCGGAGCUUCGAACGCGCUUGAAAAAGGUACUUACUCCUGCUCCGACUCGACUGCUCCAGGUCACCGAUGGUGGAACUCCGGCUGUGCUUGGAAUGUGUACUGCUCGUGUCAGUGUCGCCGGUUGCCACACGUCCGUUUUGUUUAGUGUGCUUGAACGUUGCCCUCACAAUGUGAUCCUCGGACUCGACGUUUUGUCCGCCCAUUCUGCUCUGAUUGACUGUUCCGCCGUUGUUAUACAACUUGACUUACCCCUACCUGUUCCCCUUGACCUUCCUGCUCAAGCUCCAGCUCAGCUUUGUUCCACAGAUUUUAUACGCCUGCCAUCUCUUGCAGCAACCUUCAUCCGUUUUAGCCAGCCCACCUGUACCUGAUGGAGACUAUGUCCUUACUCCCGCGACGUCAGUCCUGCUUUCUCACAAUGUCUCCUUCCCACACACCAUCGUUUCUGUUGCGGACAAUCAGACAUGUCUUCCGAUCCUAAAUUUCGGACAGUGCCCGCAAGUAGUUCCUCGAGGCAUAUCUCUUGCCACGUUGCCACCAACGCACGAGUGCCACAUUUCUGCCCUAUCUGUUGCGCCGUCUUCGACCACUGCUCAUUCUGCGCCUUCUGCAUCAGCCCCAACCGAGGACUUUACAAAGAUGAUUGCACCGGAUCUCUCCACCCAAGAAGCCGCACAGCUCCGUGGCCUCCUCGAGUCCUACUCCGACAUUUUUGAUCUGAACGGUCGCCCUUUGCGUCAAACUACGGUCGUGACGCACCGGAUAAAUACCAGCGAUACAGCACCUGUUCGCAGACGCCCAUACCGGGUGUCGCCCUCUGAACGACAAGUUAUCCAGAGCGAGGUUGACAAGAUGCUUGCCAAAGGGAUUAUUGAACACUCUUCCAGUCCGUGGGCGUCCCCUGUUGUUCUCGUCAAAAAGAAGGAUAACAGCUGGCGAUUCUGCGUUGACUAUCGUCAUCUAAACACGAUCACCAAGAAAGAUGUAUAUCCACUUCCCCGCAUUGACGAUGCUCUGGAUUGUCUCCACGGUGCCACUUAUUUUUCAUCUAUAGACCUUCGCUCUGGAUAUUGGCAAAUUGCUGUAGAUGAAAUGGACCGUGAAAAGACCGCGUUCGUCACACCAGACGGCCUAUAUCAGUCCUGAUAGAUGCUUAUUCCAAAUGGGCAGAAGUUGUCUGCAUGAAAACAACUACAGCGGAAGAAACUGUGCAAGAGCUGCAAAGAAUAUUUGCCAGUUUCGGUCUACCGCAAAUGGUCGUCACAGACAAUGGACCACAGUUCACGUCUGCUCAGUUCUCAACAUUCCUUGCCUCUAAGGCCAUACACCACCUCACUUCUCCGCCCUAUCAUCCUGCUUCGAAUGGGGCGGCGGAACUACUUGUGCAAACCAUCAAGAAAAGCCUACUAAAGCAAAUUGGAGAACAUAAAAAGCGUGGCAAGUCUAUGCAGCAUUGCGUCGAUCAGUUUUGGUUCCUGUACAGGAACACGCCCUGCGCAUCAACAGGGAUUACACCAGCUCAGUUGUUUUUGACAUAGGCCCCAAGAACACGUCUUAGCCUCCUGCACCCGGAGCUGAUUAACCAGUUGAAGACUGAAUCGCGUCAGCCCACUUUUGCCCGCUCAAGGUCAACAUGGCGCGAGUUCACAGCAGGUGGCGAGGUGCGAGUGAAAGGAACUCGUCCGGGCGACCCUCUUUGGUUAGCAGGCAGCAUCACGCACCGUAUUAGUGCUGUCACGUAUACAGCGAGGGUGAAUAAUGAAGAACGUUUUGUGCAUGCCAACCAUAUUGUUUCAGCUAAGCGCCCGGAUUACCAGCCAGCCAGAAGCUCGUAUUCAGUCCUACAACUUACAGGACUGCUCGAUCAAGCAGACCCCAUGGCGGCCCGAGAAAUGGCAGCCCUUCCAGACCGUCCAUAGGGCGACGAUCAGACACUGCAAGACCAAUCUUCGCAUGAGCCCCCAGCGUCGAGGCGCCUUGAAGAUUACCAAGUGAUAUAUCAUGUCUGAUGAAAGCACAUGCGCUAUCUACACGCACGAUUGCCACGUGCAUGUACCUGCCCCUCACUGUUACUAACCCUUUCCACCUUUGACUAUAGAUAAUGACACAGAAUAAAGGAGGUGUGAUUUGUUUCUUGACAACCCAGCUGUCCAGUCUGUUCGUUGCACACGCAAAUGAAACAGGCGAUAUCCGGCCCCGAGAGCUCGGAGCAGGUUCCAGUGCGGUCUACUCCUGAAAUCUUAAGGUGCAGUACAUGAACACACAAGCAACCAGAAAGAUGGGGUUACAAAUAAAAAGAAAAUUAAAGCUGGCAGAUUUAAGACUAGAUUUAAGAGAAGGCUUUAGCUCAGCCCAGCUGUAGUGGCUGAGUGUAUAUGGUGUUGCACUGCUGGGCACAAUGUCACAAGAUUAAAUCCCAGCUGCAGUGGCCACGUUUCAACUGGGGUGAAAUGCAAAAAAUGCUCGUGUACCAUUCGUUUGAUAAAUGUUAAAUAACCCCAAGUGGUCAAAAUUAUUCUGCAGUCCCCCACCACAAGCAUGCCUCAUAAUUCCACUAAAACCCCAGAAUUUAGGCUUUUUUUUACCUCGAGAUGAACAUUGAUGCUGCCUAUGGAAAUGCAUGCAAAACACAGACGUGCCUUCAUGAAAAAACUUAAGCCGAUUACUACGAAAAGUGUUGCAUUGGACAAAAAUUCUAGCAAGUGCAGGGAGCAGAAUUUAAAUUGUGGGCCCAUAUUCUUUUCAGAAAGUUCAACAAUGCAAUGCUUUCAACUGCAAGUGCAAACAGAAUGUUAAUGCUGGUGAUAAUUUAUACAUGGCCCUGCUUCAGGUUGAUAGCAAAUACUCCAAGCCAACACAUGUGCGUUCCCCGAUGAAGUGAUACCCGAUUGAAUUUAUCGUGACAGUGGUUGUGCGAGCAGUCUCUUGAGAAUAUUGUUUUCACUUGCUCUCAGAUAUCAGUUAUUGUGAACAUGCAAGCAGCCUCUGCACUUUGUCUCCAAUCUGUUGUACACGACUGUUGUU